AUGCGUCUUGCUUUUCUUGUCGCCGCGUUGCCCCUUACUGGCGCAAUUCCUCAAGGCCCGCCUGGCAAGCGUGCUGAGGCUCCUGAUCCUAUAUCUCAUGACCUGAAAAACGAUGGGGCCGUCAACCAUCCCGAAGACGAACCCCUGGCUGCUCCACACCAGCCGUCUACUCCUGUUCCUGCAACUAUUGGCAGCUUUAGAGUAACCAUCCUAGCAGAUUCCAAUCGUGAUGGCAAGGUAGACGUAACAGGCAAUACCGACCUUGCAGGCAAAGAAACGUGGACAGCAGAGUCUGGCGCCCUCUUCCUGGCGAAUAUUGUCGAUACAGACCAGAGAUGCUCAUCCCAGAUUACCGGCUCAUGCGCAAGCAAGCUGGGCGACAUCUUUCCCAAGACCUCGUUACCUAAAUCGCCAAGGCUGGACCCAGAGCUCGCAGCGAAGAAACGUAAUAGAAAAGAAAAGUCAGAUUCGGAGUGGCUCAAAGUUCUGAGCGAAAGUGACAAAGCUACGUACAAUGAGUAUCUGAAGAAGCUUGGUGAAUUUUGGGACGCGCCGAAAGAGGUCAACGAUCUGCGGAUAUCCGAGUGCCACGAUUCUUCUGAUGACGUGCUACGUAACUCAAUAUACCUUGCGCCUCUUCGAACCGUGCCAAAUCCCGGACUCAGCGACUCGGCCACGGGUUCUAUUACCGUAUUCGACGAGACCGCUGCCUCCAAAGUUCGUCUCUUCUAUAAAGCGGGUGGCCAAUGGACUUUUGUCACGUCAAAUUACACCUUUCAGGCCCUAGAUCUCAAGGCCGGUCUAGAGCUUGGCAUUGACGCUCGUGACGUUCGCCGUCCGGGAGGAUGGGACGGUAGAGCAACUGUGGAGUUUAGGGUUAAGGACGGGGAAAGGGAGGCCAAGGACUCGGUGGCGCUUCGUGUUGCCCCAGUCCUAACGCAGCAUCAUGGCCAGUCCGCCGAGCAAUUACUGACAGCAUCCGGUCAUCCACGACUAGCAGGCUUUGUCAAGGACCUCGGAGAGAUAUCUAGCACAGCAGGAUUAAAGAAGCCCCUCUACAUCUUCGAGAAUUCUGAGUGCAUAUUUAGCUCAGGUCUUGACAUCUGGUCUCAAGAUUUUUUCGAGCCCGGCUAUAUGAGCAUCCCUGGACCUAGCGGCCUAGUAAGCAUACGCAUCAUGAUACGGUCUGCUCAGGCCGACCGCCCCGCCGGCCGCAAGGUUUUCCAAGAACUAAGGUCGAAUACAGUAGGGGCUCUUCAGACCCCAGGCCGCGGUGGUACACUCGACAGCCUAGGCAAUCUAGAGACUAUCCCCCCCUAUACAUAUAAUGGCAAGUCAUAUGCUGCGGGACGAACUGUAAUGGGUUCAGCGGGUAGGAAGAAACCAUAUAUGAUGGCCUUCUUAGAGGCUCAAGAGACGCAGGCCCCAAUUGAGCUUGACACGUCGUGGCUUAAAGUUAAGCAUACAGAUGAAUUUAUACAAUUUCUCCCUGUUCAAAGCAAGCGCGGCUGGGUCAUGAUGGUAAAUAAUCCGCGUGCAGGCCUUGAGAUACUCCAGAAGGCUCAGCUAGCCGGCCACGGUAAACUUAUUGCCGUCUCCCGUCCCCGGUCGGAUCUUGAUCCGCCAAAAUGGCGCGUUACUAAUACUAUUAACGAUGUGCUGAACACCCCCAACUUUGCCGGCUUCCAGGACGCUUGCGCCAGCAAUAUUGAGAAAAGCGUCAACGCUAUUAAGCGGGAGACGGGCAUUACCGACGCGGAAAUUAUUCGCAUUCCUUCUCUUUACCAAGUAUACGAUCGCGAGGUUUGGCAAUAUGGGCAGGAAGCAGAUAGUAACAAGCGCCGCCAGAUUCGCGGCAGAGUCCCCGCUCAGGAGACCAGGGAGUCUGGAGAGCAACAGGGGCAACGGCUAGCAGAUGUUCCCGGGGAAGAUGUCGGCACCAAAAUCCUCAACGCUCUAGAAGCCGGCACGCCCCCCCGGGUGUUAGAGCAGCAACCAGCAAACAUACCAGCAAGGAGUUUGAAGGGCCGCCAAGAAGAGGCCAAUGGGGAAGCCGCUGCUCUUUACCCUAGCACUAUUAAUAGCGUCGUUCUGGGCAAUAGGCAGAUUCUCGCCCCAAACCCAUGGGGACCUGUAAUCGACGGCCAGGAUGUGCUAUCCGCUGCGGUGAAUGCGGCCUACGCCAAGGCCAACUAUACGGUUCGCUAUAUAGAUGACUGGUUCACGCACUAUACUACAUAUGGCGAUGUCCAUUGUGCGUCAAAUGUCAUUCGCGAAAUCCCGACUGCCAAGUGGUGGUAA